AUGACAUUUCAGCCAGCAGUGGAUAUCUCGAACAUAAUGGUGCAAUACGAUGUGAAAGCGGAUUCGGAGCGAUUCUUAGCACGAGACACUGAGGCAAAAGCUGAGGCAAUCAAGCGAGAUCGCGCUAACGCACUUCUUAGACCACAUCGAAACAGUGGAUAUGAAAGAACUGGUGAGAUUUGCACGGCCAAAUUCGACGGAUCUGACGAAGAGGUUCUCUACAAGGUAAUGUUGACGAAAACAGAUUUGUCGUAUGGAUUGUACGGCUUCCAUAACUAUUAUCGGAUGGAGUUGAUCAAACGAAAAGGAAGUGAUUUGCACAUUUUGUUCACCAAUUGGGGACGUAUUGGUGAUGCUAAUGGUCAGUAUCAGAGGACGCCAUUUGGAUCGCUGGCAGCCGGUCAUGACGAGUUCUGCUCUGUUUUCCGGUCGAAAACUGGAAACGACUUCACGAAUAUCGCCAACUUCGAGGAAAAACCCAACAAAUAUCGAUUGGUUACAGCCGAUCCGAAUGCAGCCAUCGAUUUCAGCGAUUUGACCAUCGAACUCGACACUGAUCAAACCCAAGCAAUCAUGGAUAUAGAUUCCGUUUAUAAAUUUAUCCGAGAC